AUGAACGACCCUUCAGAAUUCGAUGAUGAAGAGUUCCGCACUGCACCGUCGACUCGAGAACACAGCCUGUCCGUCAAUAGACCUCCAACUGUGACUCAGCUACCAGGCGUAUUUGUUCCCUCAUGCCACAAUGGCACCGUCAUCUAUCCGACCACCACGCAGAGAGACCCCAAUUUCGGCCGACGUCCAUCCAUCGUGCCCCCGGGCCCGCCCACUACCCUAGAUUGCAGCUUGCUCAGUAAUGGAGACAUCGAAACCAUGACGUGGGCUCCUCAAGCCAGUCCAGUUUUCCGGCGGCCAUCAAGAUGCAUGAGCAUGGACCAGACAAGAACUCAGGCCCAUAACCACUGUCUGCCACCCGCCGCUGCAGAGGCAGUCGCCAAGGGGAAUCUGUCAGGAAACAAGUGUCUUGCCAGCGACUCCCAGAACUCAUCAUCAAGGAGAACAACCCACAGAUCAGGCCCGGACUUGACCUCCAACAUUUACCAUGGCCCUACGACGACGCCCAUACGAGGCCGACGCAACAAUUCUGGCAGCCACAGCUCCAUCAAUGUCCGUUAUAGCCGGCACUCAUCCCGUUCCGAGCAUCUCUCUGACACCCCAAGACGGUCUGGUCACAGUAUUUGGGGAAAGCCCAAUACCUUGAUGCAACAAAUCAUGGGAAAGGUACGGGUUCGUCUUACUAGUCAACGAAGAACGCCGGGUAUCGCCUCAAACGACCCCGAUGGAGCAACACUAUGCAACAAAGCCACAUGCCAGUACGUACUUACCGAUGAUCAAGUACAAGACGUUGUGGAGAUCGUUUUCAAAGAAAUGUGCAAGCACAACAAAACCAUGGAGGAUGUUAUCAAACCCCAGCAAGCAAAUAACACUGUGGUCCAAACAAAAUUGGCCAGGAAGCCGAGCUUCCUCAAGACUGCUAUUGAGCUACAACAUGCUCGUGCAGCUGAUACAGCGACCACCAUCAGCGAGCCUGAGACCUCCUUCUUUACCAGAAGCGCCACUGAUGGUCAAGUACGGUCGAGAAGUGUAGCUAGACCGGCACCAAUCACUACGAUUGUCUCACGCGACAGCAUCACUGAUAUCCAGUGGCUCGCUGAUACGCUGGCAGAACAAUCUAACCAGACCCGAGAACCGGUUUCGGAUGCCUUCGAAUUGCCAACGUCUGCCGUGUCCCAGACCAACUCUUCUAUGUUCAAUGUGUCUAGAAUUAUUGAGGGACUCAAUCGGGAUUCUGACUCCGAUGCUGUAUCGGAUGUCCCUGAUUUUCACGGCUUCUCGCUCGGUUCUCAGCAUGUAGACGAAUUGAAUCGUCAAAAGGAGAACGUCAAGGAAACCAGCGUCGAUAACGAAGCUUCCUCAAUCACUUCAUUCCCCAGCCUGCCACAGCGGCACUGCACGAGUGAAUGGCUGAGCGCCCCGGCUACCCUAAUCCCUCUCGAACAUGAAGACAAAGACAAAGUCAAUAUGUAUCAUCUGGGAAUUGACGCGAGGCUCGGCAGUAUCGCAUCCAUCAGAAAGGACUUACCGCAUGGAGAUUUUGACCAUGGUACAACUCAUGAGGUAGAUCUUCCUUUGAAUGAUCCUCCGAGUGUCAAUACGAAGCCCUCUCACCGAGGCUCCGAGGCUCUAGUUGACUUACACUCACCCAGCGAAACCAAGUUACCAGGCCAAUUGCCCGAGAAUGUCAGGCGACGCUCUGCCCAUUUCGCAGAGCCCUUGGUACAAGACACUCGCAAACCAGAGCCAGGGUUCAUGCAGCAGAUCACGCGAAAGAUUAGUUCUGUGUUUCAGAGUUCACCAAGUAGUAGCCGUACAACCCGCGCACCAGCGCCAUCCGAAGUCGGCGAUGAGGCUAUCGGAAAUGCUGUCGGCGAACUUGGUGCAAGCCGGCCAGCUACGGGUACUGUUGGUCCUGGUGUAGAUUGCCUCUCAGAGCCUGAGCCUGACGCCGUAUAUCAGGCUAUGGUGCUAUCGAGGCCCACAAAAGACAAGAAGAAACGCCGGAGCACCUGCUCUGAAGACUACAUUCCCCAUACGUGCGUGGAUGAUCUGAGCACGUCAGGAAUGCCCUCACCCAAUAUCCAGUAA